CAUCCCGAUCGAACGUUGUUUCACGUCCCAGAAAUGAAGUCUUUCAUCGAGUAUUCCGCCGAUUGCGGGUUUCCCAUACAAAAUCUGCCGUACGGUGUAUUUUCCACCGCCAAAAACCCUGACAAAAGAAUCGGUGUCGCUAUUGGGGACCAAAUUUUAGAUCUAUCUGCGACAGCGCAUCUCUUUACGGGGCCAUUGUUGGCCAAGAAGCAAGACGUUUUCCGCCGCGACUGCCUCAACGACUUCAUGUCGCUCGGCAGACCGUCGUGGCGCGAAGCCAGAGAAACGUUACAAAACUUGCUGGCCGCCGAAAAUAAAACACUACAGCAGCCAGAAAUUAAAUCAAAAGUAUUCGUCCCCCAAGCGGAGGCGACGAUGCACCUGCCAGCCAAAAUCGGGGACUACACCGAUUUCUAUUCCUCGAUCCAUCACGCGACCAACGUCGGAAUGAUGUUCCGCGGCAAGGACAACGCACUGAUGCCAAACUGGAAGCACUUGCCGGUCGGCUACCAUGGCAGGGCCAGUUCGGUCGUAGUCUCGGGCACGGCGCUGCACCGGCCUCGAGGUCAGACGCUCCCGGUCGAAGGCGCGGCUCCUCACUUUGGCCCCUCCAAGAGCAUGGACUUUGAGCUGGAGGUCGCCUUCUUCGUGGGCGGCCCACCUACCCACCUCGGAGACGCGAUUGAUGUUAAAAACGCCCACGAGUACAUUUUCGGGUUCGUCACCAUGAACGACUGGAGCGCACGCGACAUUCAAAAGUGGGAGUACGUACCCCUGGGUCCGUUUCUCGCGAAAAAUUUCGGCACCACGAUAAGCCCCUGGGUCGUAACGGUCGAGGCUCUCGAGCCCUUCAAAGUCCCAAACAUGGUCCAAGACCCCGAGCCGUUCGAUUACUUGAGGCACAAGAACCCCUUCAACUUUGACAUCAAUUUGGAAGUUGACAUCAAAACUGAGAAUGGCACUGUGACCACGAUUACUCGUAGCAAUUACAAAUAUUUGUACUGGACGGCGCAGCAGCAACUCGCCCACCACACCGUUACCGGCUGCAACGUCAAUCCCGGCGACCUCAUGGCAUCCGGCACCAUAAGUGGUGAAACUCCCGAUUCGUAUGGCUCGAUGCUCGAGCUGUGCUGGAAAGGUACAAAACCCGUUAGCCUAAAUGACGGCAGUCAAAGGAAGUUUUUACAAGACGGUGAUGAAGUUAUUAUUAGAGGUUUCUGCAUUGGAGAUAAGUACAAAAUAAGUUUUGGCGAUUGCGCAGGAAAGUUGAUGCCAUCAAAGUAUAAAAAUUAAUGUUUAAAUGGUGCUAAAGAAAUUUUGUCGCUCAAAUAUUAUUAAAUGUAAACUUGAAAUAAUUGUAUCUCUCUCUUUAUCAUUCCCGUCAAACAUUCCAAUCAGUAAUAAAAGAA